GAAAAAUAUGCAAAUUUGUGGAAAUCGUGUCGAAAUUGUUAUUAAACGCAUUGUAAAAUGCUUAAUGUGCUAAUAAAUCUCGCAUGUGAUACUCUGAAACGUGAAUUCAAUAUUAGGUCUGUGCAGAAUUUCAAAGUGCAAUAGAUAAGCGGGCACCAGUGCAAUUUAAUCGUUCUACGGGCCAAACAAAUAAAAAUAAAAACAAGCAAUAACCUCGCUUGCAGCUCAAAAUCCGUAACAAAAUAGAAAGUCCAACAGCUCGCCAGUGUUGUGAGUGUUGUGCAAAUCUGAUUUUAAACAAAUACAAGCUCUCCGAAACAGUGUUUAAUAAUAAUACGAAGCUCAAAAAGUUUUUUGUAAGUUUUCAUAUUUCGUGCGUUAAAAAAAUAGUGUGUGCUGCCUGCGCCACAGACAAAAAUACACGCGUACACACACGCCGAACAACACACACACACACACGCGCAGUUACGUAUUGGUGUGCAACGAAAGACGUGCGGAAAGGAAUUCGAAAAUAUACAAAGUAAUUUCAAUUGAUAGUUUUCUAUUUAAACAGAGGACUAAAACACACACAACAUCCAAAGCAUAACGAGAGUCUCACAGAAUACACAAAUUACAGGAACAACAAAUUUUAAGUGUUUACAAGUGAAAAAAAAGCAACAAGCAACAAACGCAAAAAAAAAAAAAAAAAAAAACAGCGACAAAUUUGAAUGCAGCUGAGGCUUUAUCAUUUGAAAGAAAAUGGUUUCGUUAAUUGAUACAAUCGAUGCGGCAGCGGCGGCCCAAAAGCAACGGAGCGCCGCUGCCGCUGCAACAGGAGCAACGUCGACGUCAAUCUCGUCCAAGGCUAGAACCAAGUCGACAUCAGCUGCUGCUUCUGAUUCUGCUACAGGUGUGGGUUUGACUGCCAACGGCAAGCCUAAGGAGAAACGAAGGAACAAUGAAAAGCGCAAGGAAAAGUCACGCGAUGCGGCGCGCUGUCGUCGUUCCAAGGAGACGGAAAUCUUUACCGAACUAUCCCAGGCCUUGCCCGUUAAGACCGAAGAACUCAAUCAGCUGGACAAAGCAUCUGUGAUGCGCAUUACGCUUGUCUAUCUGAAAAUUCGUGAAGCGUUGUCAUUUGUGCCCUCGAUACUCCUUGACUGCGCCGACCGCAACGAAGCAGCCGCUGCACUGGUUAAGCUCAAGAUUGAAAAUCAUGCCGAUAAUUGGCUAGACUGUGCAGAUGCGAGCCAAUUGCUGAAGCAGACAAUGGAUGGAUUUUUGAUAGUGCUAUCCAAUGAGGGAGAUAUCACAUAUGUAACGGAGAAUAUUAUUGAUUUUUUGGGCAUCACAAAGAUUGAUACGUUGGGCCAGCAGAUCUGGGACUAUGCUCACCAGUGUGACCAUGCGGAGAUUAAGGAGGCACUUAACCUCAAACGCAAUGUCAAAAUCAAGGAUGAGCAGCUGCUCGAAUCGGGGGUCAGCACAUAUCAUCGUGAUCUGUUUGUGCGCAUGAAGUGCACGCUAACCAGUCGCGGACGAAGCAUCAACAUCAAGAGUGCCUCAUACAAGGUUAUACACAUAACCGGACAUUUGAGCGUCAAUAGCAAAGGUGAACGGGUGCUCAUUGCCAUUGGCAGACCGAUACCGCAUCCAUCGAACAUUGAAAUACCGCUGGGCACCAGCACAUUUCUGACCAAACAUGGCCUGGACAUGAAAUUCACCUAUGUGGACGACAAAAUGCACAGUCUGCUUGGCUAUUCGCCUGGCGAUUUGCUGGAGACAUCGCUAUUCGAAUGCCAGCAUGGCGCCGACUCGGAGCGUCUAAUGGCCACCUUCAAGAGUGUGCUGAGCAAGGGCCAGGGAGAGACGAGUCGCUAUCGUUUUCUUGGCAAAUGUGGCGGAUACUGUUGGAUCGUGACUCAGGCGACGAUUGUCUACGAUAAGCUAAAGCCACAGAGUGUUGUGUGCGUCAAUUAUGUCAUCAGUAAUCUUGAGAACAAACAUGAGAUUUAUUCACUUGCACAACAAACGGCGGCAAGUGAGGAACAGCAGGAUAACAAACAACAACUACCUGAAACAAACAACAACAACAACAGCAACGAUAGCAACGUUGAAACAGCAACUGUUGCCGACACAUACAACAAACCAGCAGCAGCAACACAACAGCAACAACAACAACAGCAACAACAAUUGCAAACCGAGCUGCUCAUCAAACGUGAAAAUAAUUCACCAGGACCGCGUACUAUUACAGCUCAACUCCUUACCAAUUUGAGUCUUAACAACAACAACAACAAUAACAACAACAAUAACAACAAUUGCAACGACAACAAUAACAAAUUACCGCGUCUCGAAGAGAAACGUCCCAAAUCGGUGACUGCCUCGCUAAUACGCAUCACACCGCAGGCAACAGCGCCACCUGUUGUUGGCAAGAAAACACUACUUGCAGCAGCACCAUCUGUGCUGCAAUCGUUGCCGCCAACAACAACCACAACGGCUGCAAUACUGUCGUCAAGCAACCAGCAGCAACAGCAACAACACCAACAACAGCAGCAGCAGCAGCAACAACAACAACAAUUGCAACAGCAACAACAACAAACACAAGAUAUGAAUAAGGGAUUCUUAUCAUUUGCUGGCGAUGGCCGAGGCUUAACAAUGCUGAAAGAGGAACCCGAUGAUUUGUCCCAUCAUUUGGCCAAUACCGGCAGCAUUCCAUUGGACGACAUGGCGCCCCUUGGCGAGAUACUUGGUUUUAUGCACUUCUGUCCGAUGCCCGAAGAGAUCAAUUCACUGGACUCGACCACCUGCUCCACAACAGCCAGUGCCCAGCACUAUGCCAGCAGCAAUAGCAGCCACAAUAAUAACAGCAACAGCAACAACAACAACAACAGCAACAGCAAUCGCCAGUCUCUGAGCACAACAGCAACAGCAGGCAAUAGCAACAGCAAGCAGCAACAGCAGCAGCACCAGCAGCAGCAACAACAACAACAACAACAACAACAUCAUCAGGAUAACAGCAACAGUUGCAGCAACAUCGAUCCGCUGUUCAACUAUCGCGAUGAAUCGAAUGACACCAGCUGCUCGCAGCAUCUGCACUCGCCCAGCGUUACAUCAAAGAGUCCCGAAGACAGCAGUUUGCCCUCGUUGUGCAGUCCAAACUCGCUGACCGAGGAUGAUUUCGCGUUUGUGGAUUAUGGGUUGCGUGCCCCUUAUAUACCGAUGGGCGAUGAUAUGCCGCUGCUGACGGAGAGCGAUCUCAUGUGGUGCUCCAGUGCCGAUUUGCCCACAAUGGUGCCGAAGGAUAUUGAUAGCAUACAUCAGCAUUUGCAGCAGCUGCAGCAGCAACAGCAGCAGAUGCAUCAAUAUGGCAGCUAUCAGCAACAGCCACUGCAGCAACAGCAACAGCAGCACUUUUCCAAUUCGCUUUGCUCGUCGCCCGCAUCCACGGUGUCCUCGCUGUCGCCAUCGCCUGUGCAGCAGCAUCAACAUCAGCAGCAGCAGCAGCAUGCUUAUACCACUGGCUCAAGGGAGCUGGCAGCUUUGCUUUGUGGCACUGGCAAUGGAACGCUUUCAAUUCUGGGCAAUUCAUCUGGCGAGGAUCGUCUGCAGCAGCAGGUGAACAGUGAUUUUCGCGGUUUCCAGCAAUUGCAGCAGGAGUUGCAACUGCAGGAUGAGGAGCAACAACAGCAGCAACAGCGCCAGCAACAACAACAACAGCAGCAGCAGCAGCAACAGCAGCAACAGUUGUUAACACUUAGCAUAGAGUGUAAAAAGGAGAAAUAUGAUGUGUCAUUGGCGCCCAGCUUAUGUCAUUCCAUCGAGGAUCCAUUCGACAAUGACUACAGCAAAGAUUCCAAUUUGGAUUGCUGGGACGAGUUGUUGCAAAUCAAUGUGGCAGGUGCAAGCAGCAGUCCAGCUGUAUCGCCAGCGCCCAGCAAAGUGGUAACACUGCAAUUGCAGCAGCAGCAGCAGCAACAGCAGCAGCAGCAGCAGCAGCAGCAGCAUGUGCAACAACAGCAGAAUAUUAUUUUAAAUGCCGUGCCAUUAAUAACUAUUCAAAACAACAAGUCAGCAAUGUUGCAGCAACAGCAGCAGCAGCAGCAGCAGCAGCAGCAGCAACAAUCGGAGGAGGAACUGUUGCUGCCGUCCAAGUUGACAGCAAUGCGGUCACUAAACUGCUCGAAGGCAACCAUACGCCUGGUCGAGAGCAAGUUAAAUGCAACACCCACAAAGACAACGCUAAUGCAGACUAUGGUGCCACAGCAGCAGCAGCAGCAACAUGGCAACAAGCGUCAUUUGAGCAGUCAAGCUGCAGCUGGCAAUCCAGUGGAAACAAAGCGCCUGAAGAGCGGCACCUUGACGCUGGAGGUGCAAUCCUCACAGCUGCUGCAGCAGCUAAUGGGCAAGGAACAACAGCAGCAGACGCAGCAGCAGCAGCAGCAGCAGCAGCAACAGCAACAGGCAACGAAGCGGCAAUCAAGCGAACGCUGGACAACAGCCGAGCAGCAGCAGCAGCAACAACAGCAACAACAACAGUCAAAUUCGGUGCUUAAGAAUCUGUUGGUCAGCGGACGUGAUGUGAAAAUCACUGAAGAUACUGUCGAGCCCAUGAUUAUUGACGACAACUCUUUGGAACCCGUGGUUUCGCCUAGUCUUGUUUUGGACCAGGCCUCCAAGUACAGAGUGCCACUGCAGUGUUCCACGGCGACGACAUCGGCGCUGCGAAACUAUCGGCAUAAUCCGCUGAUAAAUGGCAACAAUAUACAGCUGUCGCCAGUCUUCCAGAACUUUGAGGGCGAUCCCGGAUCGGUGAUUUCCAUGGAGGAUUCGAAGCCACCGGCUUUGACCGCCUGCGACACGGAUGCCUCCUCUGACAGUGGGAUCGAUGAUAAUAGCUUGGUCGAAAUCGCUGGCAAGUCUCCGCAAAAGUCACUGAGACCGGGUGAGCCAGCGAAAGUACCACGCGAGGUAGUUGCUGUGCCGCCUGCACCACCGCCGCAGCAGCAGGAGGAGGAUGUUGAGGAGCUAUCUUCGACAAUAAUUGGCAGCAAUGCGACCAGUCGCAGGUCCUCCAUAUCCUUCAUGGACAGCAGUAACCCGCUGAUAAGCAAUUCCUCCUGGAUGGAUCUGUGCGACGCUGUCUACGACAUUAAUGAGAGCGGCUAUGAUUUCAACGACAAUCAACUGGAGGAGGUUCUCGGCUUGCAGAUGCCCUAAGCGCACUUUUUGGAGGGGAGGAAUCGCAUUUUUUUUUUUAUAACAUAGGCAUUAUUUUGGUUUUGUUUAGUAUUGGCAUUUAAACUACGUUUAAUGACGGAAACAAAAGUGAAGAGAUCUUGAUUGAAAUCAGAGCAUAACCAAAAGAUUGAUUUUUGAGCCUUGCGUAAAGAUUAAAUUAUGAAAACAACACCAACACCAACACCAACCACAAAAUACCCACAAGACAAAAACACACAAACAAAAACAGGAAUGGUUAAACACAUUUUGAAUAGUUUUGUAGCACCUUAAACUGCCUAGAACAGAUGAACAUUUUUGUAAUUUAGUUAAAAAAUAACACA